AUGGUCAAGCAGAAGAAUCACACGGCGCGCAACAAGACCGUCAAGGAGCACGCGCGAGGCAUCAAGAAGGCGCGGCGCCCGCGCCACGAACUAUCGCUCAAGGGCAUUGACCCCAAGGCGCUGCGCAACAGGAAGUUUUCCUUGCGCUGGAACAAGGGAGGUCGCCCGAGCGUU